CUAGGUUUUCCCAAAGAAUGCUCGCAUCUGUUCCUUCUAUGAUUUCGAAGCGUGCUGUGACUCUUGCUCGCAGUUUCGCCGGAGCUGUUGAUUUAACGAAGCCUUUCACUGAAAGACUUGCUGAAGCUCGCCACAGCGCCCUUAUUGGUGGAGGCGAGAAGCGCAUUGAUUCUCAGCACAAGCGUGGCAAGCUGACCGCUCGCGAGCGUAUCGAGCUGCUGGUGGAUAAGGGUUCGUUCCGCGAGUACGACCAGCUGAAGGCGCACCGCUGCGUGCAUUUCGGUAUGGAGAAGCAGAACUACCCUGGCGAUGGUGUUGUGACGGGUCACGGAACGAUCAACGGUCGUCUGGUGUUCCUGUUCGCUCAGGACUUCACUGUGCUGGGAGGUUCUCUGUCUGGCACGAACGCUGAGAAGAUCUGCAAGGUGAUGGACAAGGCCAUGGACGUGGGUGCUCCGGUGAUCGGUCUGAACGACUCCGGCGGUGCUCGUAUCCAGGAGGGCUGCGACUCUCUUGCUGGCUACUCGGAGAUCUUCAAGCGGAACACUCUGUCGUCGGGUGUGAUUCCGCAGAUCUCUCUGAUCAUGGGUCCGUGCGCUGGAGGCGCUGUGUACUCUCCUGCGAUCACGGAUUUCAUCUUCAUGGUGCGCGACACGUCGUACAUGUUCAUCACGGGUCCGGACGUGGUGAAGACGGUGACGCAGGAGGAAGUGACGCAGGAGGAGCUGGGCGGCGCUGCGAUCCAUACGAAGAAGUCUGGCGUGGCGCAGGGCGCGUUCGACAACGACGUGGAGAUGCUUCGCGCGAUGCGCACGUUCUACGACUACCUGCCUCUGAACAACCGCGACGGCGUUCCGAGCCGCGUGUGCACGGACCCGCGGAGCCGCGCGGAGCCGGCGCUGGCGAACAUCGUGCCGCAGGACGCGAACAUGCCGUACGACAUGAAGAAGCUGGUGAAGCUGGUGGUGGACGAGCAGGAGUUCUUCGAGACGUCGCCCGACUUCGCGAAGAACAUCGUGGUGGGCUUCGCCCGCAUGGAGGGCCGCACGGUGGGCGUGGUGGCGAACCAGCCGCUGGAGCUGGCGGGCUGCCUGGACAUCAACGCCUCGGUGAAGGGCGCGCGGUUCGUGCGCUUCUGCGACGCGUUCAACAUCCCGCUGGUGACGUUCGUGGACGAAUAUCCGCGAGGGAGCCAAGCUGAUCUACGCCUACGCGGAGGCGACCGUGCCCAAGGUCACCGUCAUCACCCGCAAGAGCUACGGAGGCGCGUACUGCGUGAUGUCCUCGAAGCAUCUGCGCGGAGACAGCAACUACUCGUGGCCCAACGGAGAGAUCGCCGUCAUGGGAGCCGAGGGAGCCGUCAAGAUCAUCUUCCGAGGAAAGGAUCUCCAGAAGAACAAGGCCGAGUACGCCUACAACUUCGCCAACCCGCUCAUGGCCGCCCAGAGAGGAUUCAUCGACGACAUCAUCGAGCCCACCGAGACCCGAAGAAGACUCUGCGAGGACCUCGAGAUCCUCCAGACCAAGAAGAUGACCAAUCCUUGGAGAAAGCACGGAAACAUCCCGCUGUAAAGAGCGAGAGGUCCGAGAAGAAGAAAAAGAAGAUAAAUGGAUGGUUGGUGUAUUGGAAAAGAAAGAAUGAACGAGUUUCAAGGAAAUCGUGUUGCUUAGUGAUUAUGGUUUUUAUGAGUGUUUGUUCUAUGAAGAGUUGUUUCUUUCCCCCAUUCGUGGUUUGA